ACCCAUUCUAAAUGUCAGUCCUAUAUCCACCGGGACUAGUGACAGCAGGUAAUUAGAAGCAAUUAGCUGUCCCCCUGCCGGGACGCCGGGCAAUUACCUUUUUCUCUCCUCUUCGGUCCUUCUCCCGUAGAAGCUGUAGGAGUGCUUUGCUCUCUAAACUGCUACGUAUGCUGAGCUGGCACAGGAAUGAGGGAUGAACUGAGCAGGGAUCCCGUCUCCUCCUCCCGCCGCGGCUGUGGCCGCUGGCGGAGCAGUGCAUUGUGGAGGCUGAGCGCGCCGCAGCGGCUGGACCUGCAGCCCGGGAUCGCGCGGCAGGGAGCUGUCCGAAGUGCUGAUCGCCCCGGCCCGCAGCCGGUCCGCGCCCUGCACGCGCACCUGCACCGGACCCCUCCAAGUCCUGGCCUUCGUGUCUCUCUUUACCUAGGGGCGUAACGGCUGGAGGAAAUCAUGGUGUUCGCUCCAGGCGAGAAAACUGGAAACGAGCCUGAAGAGGUGAGGCUGCAGAAUGCCAGUAAACAGAUUGUGCAGAAUGCCAUCCUGCAGGCUGUGCGACAAGUCUCCCAGGAGAGUCGGCAGAGGGAAGAGAGAGACGGUGACAACCGGGGCAGCUUCCAGCUGGGCGUGGGGCAAUUAACCAAGAAGCAUGAAAAGAAGUAACAUGGUGGAUUUGGCUCUUGUCAUAUGCUCGUCUUUCAGCCUUUCUCUUAGUAUAGGAUGCGUUGCCAACAUGUUGCCAGUAAAGCAAACCAAAAGUGCCAUUGGCACCCAGCGGCAGAAUGAAUUCAUACGAGCCCUGGCUGAGAAGCACUGUUUUGAAAAAGUGCAUUAGAUGAUUCUGUUUAUAUUAAUGCAGUGCCUCUUAAACAUUGUGGGGCCAAACCCGAUAUUGUAAUUGCAAAAGUAGUUUUGCAGCACAAUUUAUUUUUAAAAACAUAAUUCUGUCUAUUAUGCAUUCUUUCUGUGAACUUAACCAAUAGUCCUUUUGCUGUAAUAUUGAGUAAUUUCUGUGUUCAUUAUAGUUUAAAAAGACUUGCUGGAAAGGGGAAAGAUUGGAGUUUCAAUCUUCAAUAUGGAAUUGAAGGUCAAAUUGAGCAAAGGCAAAUUCUAAGACUGAGUCCCUCAGGAUCUUAUGAAGACAUAUAUAUAUUUUAUAAAAGGAGCAGGUAAACUUUUUAAGAUCUCAGUCUUUUGGUUUCAGUUGUUUGAUAGCUGGUGUUUAUUCUCUGUGCAGAAAUCCUUUGGAAAUGUGGAUUUCUCUUCUUUUCAUUUCAAAAUUAAGACAAUUACAUCUAUAUGCAUAAGUUGUCAUUGACUCAGUUCUUUAGUAGCCCCAUGAAUAGCAACUAGAAUUGUAGAUUUCAUCCUGGACAUACCCUAGGGUCUGACUCUAGGUGCAGUGCUCUUGAAAGGAUCUCUGGGGCCUAUAAAUGCGGCAUUGCCAUUAGGCUAUGCAUUUGCACUAGUUCCUUACUAAUAAGAACUUCCCUUUUCCCAUCCAUAAAUUAGAAUCAUUUUCUUGAGAUAAUGAAAACCAUGCACAUCAGGAAUGAGUAACACGUGUGUAUAUGAAUAAAGCUCUCUAUUGCAACAGUAUGACUGCUGCUUCAUCCCCAAGUGGAUAAUUCAGAUCUUCCUGGAGUUUUAGAAUUCUAUUUUCUGGGAAAAGAGGAAGAAUUUUACCUGUGUAAAAAACCUUUUGGUUUCAGAGUAUCAAUGGCUAUAUUUGGUAGUGAUUUUUUAAAAAAGCCAAGUAUUUACAUAUAAAGUAUGACUGAUACUAAGAUAUAUUUAUAAAAUUCCAGUGUAACAUUUUUCAUAAUGGAUACUAUUGAUAGUGUACAUGAAUGACAGCAAUCUCUUAGAAGCUCUGCUAGACUGUCUCACACAAUGCACACCUGGAAUAAAUUCACAGGAGAAUAGCUGUUGGAGAAAGCAGAGGGGUUACAAUUUAAAUAAGGUUUAUUCAUAAACUUUUUUCAGCAGAACUCAUGACAAUCAAAUAAUGAGUUUAAGUUGAGCUGAAGGCAUAUCAUUGAUGUGACAGCACUACAGUGUAGAUGGUAGGAAUGAAGGUACUAAGGAACAUUAUUUAGGAGUAUUCAUAAAUCAAGUAUAAACCCCAAUGCUUGUAGUUUGCAAGUAAUCUGGCACUAUGUCUACUAAGCCUUCUGGAUAUAACCAGCCUUGGAUCUUGCUGUCACAUGGCGGAAACACAUGAACUCGCUAUAUUCCCUCUCUGAUGUGUCUUUGCUAAUAUAGUGGGGAUCUUUGGAAGCAUCUGAUUAACCUCUGUAUCUAAAUGUUACUUGUAAAUAAAAUACACCCAACUUUCAAAUAUGUUGUCAUUUUAAACAAAAGUUUCCUAUGUCCUACUGUUAUGGCUCAUUUUGCACAUGAAUCUUACGUUCAUAUGGCACCACGAGGUGUCCCAACACUGUUUCAAGUUCCUAAAUAUCAUGACCUGGAAAAGUGCUUCUUCAAUGGGCCUUCACUGUGACUGUCUGAGGAGAGUUGGGCGUGAACAGAAAAAGGGCAUUUGCUAAGAAGUGGCCUUUGAUCUCAGAAAGUGAAGGUAAGUGUAUCUGCAAAGUUGCGUGUCUUUCAUGGUCUUUCUGAGAUGGAAAGUCUACAGCAAGAAACAGAGAUGUGGGCAAGUUCUUGGAAGAAGAAAGUUAAGCAACCCCUGGACUCCAGAGGAAGGUGCCAUAUUGGCAGAAUCUUAAGGAGCUCAGUCAUAAAAAUCAAUACAUAUGUUAAAGGUUUACUUGUAUAUCAGUAUAAAGUUAUUGGACUCUGAAGGGGCUGGCAGAAUGUCACUUGACAUAGGAUUAAGGUGGGCUUCCCUGAUUAUUAUCAUAAACCAGCAUAGAGCCUUUGGUUUUAAGAAUUAGAGGUAACACUUAUUCAUGUCCUUUAUCUUCCUGAUUACAUGGUAAAGCACAUAUGGCCUCUGCUGUAUGUUUCUGUUCACUUUUCACUUUCCACGCAGCUGGGGUAGAACUGAAGAAAGAAAUCUUUUCUGUUACUUUGCUUUUCUGUAAUCAUGUGAACAGUAUUAUAAAUAUAUACAAAGGAACUUA